GACUGUGCAGAUUCUCUUUAGUGGAGCUGACGUGCAUGAUUUGCUUUUUACGCCGUUAGUUAGAACUUAGAGUUAGAUAAAGGCGAAGAUUACUGGACCCGACUGGACCGUACCAUUGUCAGCUCAGUCGGCCGUGGCUCAUCCGUACGAUCCAAGGCCAGACAUCGCUUUUAAUUAGUGCUCCAGAGUCCAAUGCACACAUAACGUAGAGUCUAUGACUAUGUGGAUAUCUGCACUUAGAGUGUUAGACUUACUUAGUGCAAAGCUGAGCUGAGUGACAUCUCAAGAUUAUUUCAUUGACCUACCAUACCGGAUUUCUCGGAUAAACUGGGAGGCUUUUGACACCUUGGUAAUCUUUCCCUGGUAAAUUUUUGUGUUGAUUUGAACUGAAAAAUAAAACGAAAAAAGUAUAGGACAAUGUGGCGAAGCGUUCAUCGUUAUGCAUCCCGUCUACAACAUCAUCUAACAACAUCCCAGACGGUCCGAUGUACAGGACCAAGACACUGCAGCCAGACCACUCAGAGUGGUGUUCCGUACGAGACAAACCUUUCUUCGGUAAGCACCACAGACAAUGUAACAGCGCCAUCAUCAGCUGAUGUGGUGAUCAUCGGCGGAGGGUCUGUUGGCUGUAGCACUCUCUAUCAUCUUGCUAAGCUUGGCAUCACCAAUACUGUCCUGAUUGAGAAAGAUCAGCUUACCGCAGGGACAACAUGGCAUACUGCAGGUCUGGUGUGGGGGCUCCGCCCUUCGGAUACAGAAAUAGAGCUUCUCUCUUACAUGAGACAUCUUGUUGGAAAUGUUCUGGAGGAAGAAACGGGUGUGGUCCCUGGUUGGAUCAACAAUGGUGGUCUCUUUGUUGCUUCCAAUAAAGAAAGGCUUGAUGAGUACAAGAGAAUGGGCACGGUUGGGAAAGCUUUUGGAGUAGAGUCACAUAUCCUGUCACCUGAAGAAACCAAGAAGCUGUAUCCAUUGAUGAACUGUGAUGAUAUCUAUGGAACAUUGUACAGUCCUGGUGAUGGGACCAUAGACCCUGCUGGAUUCUGUACUGCUCUUACUAGAUCUGCUACCAAGGCUGGUGCAAAGGUUUUUACAUCAUGCCAUGUGACUGGUAUACAAACUGGUGAAGAUGAUUUUGGUAUUCAUAGAGUUCAAGCAGUAGAGACGUCAGGGGGUACCAUUAAAACACCUGUUGUUAUUAACUGCACAGGUGUAUGGGCCCCUAACAUAGGAGCAAUGGCCAACGUUGCCGUGCCACUCCUCGCAAUGAAGCAUGCUUACAUCGUCACUGAACGGAUUGAGGGUAUCCAAAACAUGCCUAACGUCCGAGACCAUGAUGCAUCAAUCUAUCUCAAGCUUCAAGGUGAUGCCUUGUCUAUAGGAGGAUAUGAAAACAACCCAGAGUUUAUUGAAAAGAUGAGUAACGAUUUUGCCUUCUCUCUCUACGAUCUUGACUGGGAUGUCUUCAGCGUUCACAUUGACGGUCAUGUCCAUCGUGUUCCUGUCAUUGGAGAGACAGGUAUCAAGUCUACAGUGUGUGGCCCAGAGUCUUUCACUCCUGAUCACAAACCACUGCUUGGUGAGGCACCUGAAUUAAGAGGUUUCUACCAUGGAUGUGCCUUCAAUAGCUCUGGUCUUAUGCUUGGAGGAGGGUGUGGCAGGGAGCUUGCUAAGUGGGUGGUCAAUGGAAGGCCGGACCUUGACAUGUAUGGCUAUGACAUCAGGCGGUUUUCAAGAUCUCUUGUUUAUGAUAAGGCAUGGAUUGAGGAGAGGAGUCAUGAAGCAUAUGCUAAGAACUAUUCCACAGUGUUCCCAUAUGAUCAACCAUUAGCAGGAAGAAACAAGAGAAAAGAUGCCCUUCAUCAGGUAUUAUUGGAUGCUGGAUGUGUUUAUCAGGAAGCUCUUGGAUGGGAAAGACCAGGGUAUUUCUCACCAGAGGGAAAAGCAGAGUUGAAAGAUUAUGAUUACUAUGGAAGCUAUGGAAAUGAAGCUCACAAAGACUAUGCCUAUAACAACAGACUGCUAGAUGACUAUACAUUUGAAUUCCCCAAACACCAUAAUGUGAUUGGCAAGGAGUGUUUAGCAGCAAGGAAUGCUGUAGCAGUCUUCAACAUGUCUUACUUUGGUCAGUUUUAUCUGACCGGUCCAGAUGCUCAGGCCACUGCUGAUUGGAUCUUCACCAAUAACCUUGAUAAACCUGUUGGUUCUACUGUAUACACAUGCAUGUGCAACAAGGCAGGAGGCACUGAGGGAGAUCUUACAGUCAGUGUCAUCGACUCCAUGCCAGUCUCCAGCCCUCUGGGUUCAGACUUUGAAGGGCGGGGCUUCUAUGUGGCAGCUGGAGGGGGCGUGGCUGAGCAUGUCAAAUCCCACAUGCAAACAGAGAUCCAAGAUAAGAAGUUUGAUUGUCAGAUUGUGGAUGUCACCAAUGAGAUGGGAGUGAUCAGUAUUCAAGGACCAAAAAGUCGUGAAUUACUCCAAGCCCUUGCCACAGAUGUUGAUUUCAGCAACGAAGCAUUCCCUUUCUCAACCCACAAGAUCAUGACGAUAGCAGGUCACCAGCUACGAGCAAUAAGAUUGACCUUUGUUGGUGAGUUAGGUUGGGAGCUUCACGUACCAAACGAUGCAGCCGUAGAUGUUUACCAAGCCGUCAUGCGAGAGGGCGCCAAACACGGCAUCGCUAAUGGAGGUUACAGGGCUCUGGAUUCUCUCAGUUUGGAAAAGGGCUACAGGCAUUGGCAUGGGGACCUCCGUUCUGAUGACACCCCUCUAGAAAGUGGACUAGGCUUCACAUGCAAGCUCAAGACGGAUACUCCAUUCUUGGGGAGGGAGGCUUUGGAAAAACAAAAGGCUGAGGGACUGAAGCGAAGAAUAGCAUGCUUCACUGCUGAUCCAUCACUAGCCCUUCUUGGGAUGGAGGUUAUACGUCGCAACGGAGAAGUUGUCUCCUACUUCCGUCGGGCUGACCAUGCCUUUGCUCUGAACAAAGGUAUCGGGUAUGGAUACGUGCAGAAACCAGAUGGAAGUACUGUAACUAAUGCAUAUCUUAAAGAAGGAGAGUAUACGGUAGAGAGAAUGGGGGAGAUAUUUCCUGCUCAGAUUCAUCUUAAAACACCUUUUGAUCCAACCAAUAAUAGAAUCAAAGGCAUCUAUGAAUGAAUGGAGUGUUUUUGUAUGAUAUGAUAUGUAGGUGUAAGAAAGCCUGUUAAUUUUUGCGUUUCAUAAUACGGUUUCAUGAAAAUUGCUCUGAUGGAAAAUCUAUAUGUUAAGCCAACAUAAAAUCUAUCCUCCAAAACUAAAUUAUUUUAAUUGAUAUUUUAUUUUUUUCAACUUAUUUAUACAGGAUUAAAAAAAAACAAUCGAUUCAGCAAGGCUGUUUUUCAUUGAUGUCCUGUUAAAACACAUAUAUAUGUACAUAAAAAUUAUUUCCAGUUAUAGCAAUAGAGAUCUCAAAAAUAAAGUAUAGUAUGGUGUGAACUACAAAGCUGAAGUAGAUUCAAAGAGGAUUAUGGCAGACCGUAAUCAGACCGUAGUCAAAGUGAUGUGCUGGUAAAUUGAUUAUCAUUUUGGCAUUCUCUCAUUAAUUAUAUAGUUAUAUAUUUUAUGUAAGAAGAAAUAAAAUAAUCAUUGACUUUUGAUAAUUCUCAGGUAUUAUCACAUUCUUCAACUAAAUUAUAGGACUUUUUCUCAAGAUUAUUUUGUGUUAAUAACUGGAGGGAAUAUACAGGCUAUUACAGUGUCAUAUUUCUUAUCAUAAUGUAAAAUGAUAUGACAUUGUUCAUAGUUGAAUUGCAGUACUCUUUAAAGGCAAUUCCAUGAAGUAUAUAUACAGUAUCUGACCCCUUAUAUGAGGAACUUUCUAUUGAAAAUAAUUUUUGUUUUCUAGAUAUUAUGAUGUAUAAUGCUGUCAAAUGAUCAUGAAAAUGUUCCUGAAGUGAAAUAAUAUGGUUUGGACCUACAAAAAUGGUUGAUUAUUUUAUGGAUUUGCACAAGUAGAAAUGUGUUUCAACUUUGGAGUAUACAGGCUUAUGUACAUCACCGUACUGUAUGUCUUUAUUGAAAUGUGAAAUGAUAUAUAACUCUCUUGAGAGUUAAAAAUUAGUACUUAUUAAGACUUGCUUAGACAAGGCAAGAAAGCGUGAAGUGUAAAAAAGUCAGUUGGAAUGUACUUCAUGAUUUUAUUCUAAAGCAAUAUGUGUUCUUGAUAUUAAAGUCAGCUGAAUGCAUUCCAAAGGUAGGCAAUAUGUUGACCUAAUGUUCAAGUUUUCACUUUCCCCCUUUCCUAUCAAACUGUCAGUAUUUUUUUUACAGCUGUACCCCCAUCUAACCAUAUCUAAACACCUUAGAAAUAGUUUUGAACUUUCACUGCCAUUCUAAAACAUGAUCUCAAAGUCAGACUUUUCGGGGUAGAAUACCAAACUGCCAGUCAGGUAUCCCAGGGUUCAAUUGCAGCUUAUUACGUUAUGCAGUGCCAUUUAUGUCCAUCAGAUACAGUAAUGCAAUUCUGUCAGCCUACUUUCGUGUCACAAUAAGCAAAAUCUUUGAAACCGUUUCUUUCUUUUAAUAAUGAAAAAAAAUACUGUUUUAAACAUUCAUUGAAAAUGUCUUGCACAAAACUUUAACAAUUAUUUUCUCAUGUUUUACCUUUGAGGGUACAGAGCUGAAAAAAAGUCAAAACAAUUUUAAAAAGUUCUCUUGCACACCAUUUAUAUCAUCUGAUUUGCUGCAUUUUUUUAGGUAAACACUUCUUGUUCAUUUCCAUUUCUCUGAAUUUUUAACUGAAUAUGAUGCAGUCUCACACAAAGUGAUUUUCAUUUUAGACUUCAGGGUUCCCAGCCCACCCGGGGAAAUUAUUUUACUUUUUUCCAGUCAGGGAAUUUGAUUUAAAAAUACCUCAAAUCAGGGAAAAAUCAGGAAAUUUGAUCAGCCCAAAGUCGAAUGCACAGUCGUCAGUCAGACUCUGUUAUAUUUUGUUGCUUAUCAAAACAACAUCCAUUGAAUGACUGGUUAUGGUGGUACUAAUUAGUUUUACAUAAUUGUUUUUAUACUGAAAAUACUUGUAAUUCACUGAAACACCUUAGAAAACAUGCGAAACUGGAAAUGGGUUUAAAUAAUUAUCAGGGAUUUUUUAAACUUCAUCAGGAAAAAAAAUCGGGGAAUUUUAUUUUCUUGAAAAGCUGGGAACCCUGGACCUGUUCCUUGUUCAACAAGCCAAUAAGAAAGGUCACACAUGCAUUUUUCAUAAUAAUGUCAACUUGUUGUAGAAAAUGAUUGUUAAUAUUGAUAUGUUUCUUUGGAACUUUGUAAAAAAGAUAGGUAAGUAAACAAAUUAUAUGACUUCUUUGAGCAUCUGAGCCUGCAAACAUGCAGGCUUGAAUCUAUGAAAAACAUUGUGAAUGGUUCCAUGACAUUUGCUCCGCUCUAAGUUCCUCACAUUAAUCAAAUGACCAACUUCAACCUUGGGUUUAAAACUAUACCCUACCCUAACCUUAUUACACCACACUACAAAUCAGACGCAUCCAAGAAUGAAUCAACAAUGGUAUGCCAGGCUUCACGAGAGUUGGUAAAUCAUGUAACAAAUUAUUUGUAUCCCUUCAUUUGCAAUCAAAAUUCAAGGUCUCGGUCGUCUGGUUUUAUGAGGGAGGUGCAAAAAAAGUACAUCAGAAAUAACUUCUUUCUCAUUACGGACCCUGAACCUAACAUAAAACCCUAUUGCAACCCUAACCCCACAUCUUAGAUGAAAUUAAGCCCGGAGCGGUUGUAGCAGGAGCAAAUGUCAUGUCACUGAAAAUUCAUUCAGUCUCCACUUGGGUCAUGGUUUGAUAGGUCUAAUUCAAUUCAAUGGGAGCAACUGAAAGAGAAAAUGUCCUUGUUUUUAAAGUUUUUAUUAUAUACAUAUUUAUAGUUGUGUUCUAAGCUGGUUGAAUAGGUUAGACGAAGAAUGUAGCUUCUUAGGGUAUGUGUAUUAUUGUAUUUUGAGAGUUACGCUGGUUAUACCAGUACGUCAAAUAAUUUCAUUUCAAAAGUUACUUGUAAAUCAUUUAUCGAUCAAAGUUCAAAUUACCCAAGACAAUUUACUCAAACUUCAAACCUAACCAAAUAGUGCAGUUCCACAGGUGAAUUUUGUUCCAGAUUCCCUUUCAAAACAAGUCACACUUUGUGAUUGCACAUUCGCCUUUGCUGCCCAUAAGCUGUGGAAUUGCCUGCACUCUAUCGCUAAAUAUUUUUUAAUCCAAAUCAGAAAGAUCUGUGGUUAGUUUAGAAAUUCUUUGAUUUGUAGAAACAAGUAUCCAAAUAACUUUUAGCCAGGGAAGCUCAAUAUAUUACGUAUAAAAUCUGUGCUAUAUUAAUUCUUGCUCGUUACUAUUGUAUAUUUGUACUCAUGCUGUUAGUAAUUGCAAACUACUACGCAUUUAAAGAUAUAGUUAUUGUAUUAUCAUGUCUUCCAAAAUAAUUUCCUGUUCAUGAAUAAAUAUUUUCCAUGUCUCCCGAGAGGAUAUCAAUAUCCUGACUCAACCUUACUUUUAGAAAGAGGAUUUUUUUUUUGGUCAACAGUUGGUAUGUUGUUGAUAUUCAUGAAGUCUAUAGAUUAGAGGUGAUUCACUAAAAGUUGACAUCAAUUGUACAUAUUAAAAUCAAUUAUCUGAUAAUUUGAUUGGUGAUAAUUCGUUGUAUUGUUCUACCAAGUGUGUGUUGAUUAGAAAUCAUGAAAUGAUGAUUUAGUGUAUUUUCUUCAUUUGCUUUAAAUUGUAUAUUUUAAAAUGAAUCUAUCAGUACAUACAUUGGAUUGAUAUAAAUAAUUAUUUUCAUGUAUACUGACCAUAAAGUAGAAUUUUAUAAAUGUUUAUUUCUGUUUUUGAUCAUGUUUUUUUUUAUGUGAUCUAAUUUUUUUAAAGAUUUAAUAGAUGGAUUUUGCGGAAUAGUUUUGUGUAUGUACGACAUAUUCUUCUAUGUCUUUCUGACAAAUUAAAUUCAAUCAGUAUUAAUUUCAA